GCGCACCCCGCCGCCGAGGGCUGUGGCUUCAGGGCCCCGCGGGAGCCCCGGCACAAACCUGCGUAAAGCGCGCGUGCCCACCCGGGCGGAUGUUCGGUGGGUGGCGAGUGCUGGCCCAGGGUCUGCGGAGGCGCUAGGGGGCCCCGGGCCUGGGGACACAGCGGCUCUAGAGGCUGGGAGAUACACUCCAGAGUUCACAUUUACCAGUCAAGAAAAGCUGAAAAUGAGCAGCCGACGGAAGCGGGCUCCUCCGGUGAGAGUAGAUGAAGAAAAGCAGCAGCAGCUUUGCUGGAAUAUGCAUGAGGACAGAAGGAACGAACCUCUCACCCCAACCGAGCACGAUCACCCCUGCCAAGGUUCAGACUCCUCUUCCCAGUGCCUCAUUCUAGAUGACAGUCUACAGGAAGAAGUGGCUCACAUUGAUAAGAAGAGGUGUGCAGAGGUGGUGGGCAUCUCAAAAUCACUUAGUAAAGAAGAAACUGGUAGCAUUUUACCCCCUUUGACUGUAAAGCUGAAUAUUGUGAUUUCUCCCCAUCACUUUGAUAGUUCUUGGAAAGCAUUUCUAGGAGAAUUAACUCUUCAGCUUCUUCCUGAACAGAGUUUAAUUGAAAAUAUUUCUGAAAGGAGUUUCACUCUGAUGAGUUCAGAGUCAAGCAAUAAGUUUCUGAUCUAUGUUCAUUCAGAAGGGGAAGAUGUAGAGAAACAAGAAAAAGGACUCAAAGAGCCAAUCAGUAUUUGUGACAAAGGUAUUGAAGUGGAAUCAUCCUUCAGUGGUGAAAUGUUAGAAGAUUUGGGGUGGCUGCAAAAGAAGAGAAGAAUAAAACUUUGCCAAAAGCCAGAAGGCAGCCACAUUAUCAAGGUUGGAAUUUAUCUUUUGGAAGGUGGCCUAGCAAAACUAGAUUUUAUGAGUGAUGCAAAUUCAAGAAUGAAAAAGUUCAAUCAACUUAUGAAGAGAGUAAUGGAAAAAUUAUACAAUUUUAUUAUUCCAGAUGUGUCGGAAGAGGAUGAGGAAGAUUCAGAGAGUGAGCCAGAAGGACAGGACGUUGAAGAGCUCUAUCACUUUGUGAAGCAGACGCACCAGCAAGAAACACAGCCCGUCCAUGUGGACGUCCAGCACCCUGCACUGAAUCCUGUGCUGAGACCAUACCAGAGAGAGGCAGUUAGCUGGAUGCUGCAGCAAGAGCAAUUCAAGAGCGUUCCUGCUAGUGAAAAUGCCCUGCACUUCUUAUGGCGAGAGAUUGUUACAUCUGAGGGUUUGAAACUCUACUACAAUCCAUACACAGGCUGCAUCAUCCGUGAGUACCCAAAUGCUGGGCCACAGUUGCUUGGUGGAAUCUUAGCAGAUGAAAUGGGUCUUGGAAAGACAGUGGAGGUUUUGGCUCUGAUUCUGACACAUACUCGACAAGAUGUCAAACAAGAUUCUCUCACUCUUCCUGAGGGAAAGGUGGUGAAUUAUUUCAUUCCAUCACAUUGUUCUGGAGGAAAAGUGAAAAACACAGAAACUCAGAAUAUGGAAUUUGAACCAAAAGAAAAAGUUCAGUGCCCUCCUACACGUGUGAUGAUCCUGACAGCCGUGAAAGAAAUGAAUGGGAAAAAAGGAGUUUCGAUUCUUUCCAUCUAUAAGUAUGUCAGUUCGAUAUAUAGAUAUGAUGUUCAGCGGAACAGGAGUCUUCUGAAACGGAUGCUGAAAUGUUUAAUUUUUGAAGGUCUUGUGAAGCAGAUCAAAGGCCACGGUUUUUCUGGGACUUUUACUUUGGGGAAGAACUACAAGGAAGAAGAUAUAUAUGAUAAAACAAAAAAACAGGCAGUGGGGAGUCCAAGAAAAAUUCAGAGAGAAUUAAGAAAAUCAGAGAACAAGGACACUGAUUCUGAAUACUUGCCGUCAAAUACCUCGGAUGAUGAUGAUGAUCCUUAUUACUAUUAUUAUAAGGCGAGAAAAAAUCGUAUUAAAUUGAGGAAAAAGCUUAGUCCAUCCUCAAAAAAGGGAAAAAGCCAACCUAACAUCAGUCUCCAUUCACAAGAUCACUGUCCAGCUACCAGUAACUCUGGAAUCACUGACAUCGCCACAUCUGAAAGUGUACAUGUCUUCGAUGUCAAGCAAGAGCAUGCAGCAGAGGACCAGGCUGUAUCUCUAAACCCUGCUGGUACUGAGGUACCACAUUGUAACAUGAGCCCUUAUGAUUCCUCUGAUUACCGGUUUGAGUGUAUAUGUGGUGAACUUGACCAGAUUGACCGUAAGGCUCGUGUUCAGUGCUUGAAAUGCCACCUGUGGCAGCAUGCAAAAUGUGUAAAUUAUGAAGAGAAGAAUCUGACAAUUAAACCUUUUUACUGCCCCCACUGCCUUGUUGCAAUGGAGCCAGUAUCAACAAGAGCAACUCUGAUUAUCUCCCCCAGCUCCAUCUGUCAUCAGUGGGUGGAUGAAAUCAACAGGCAUGUGAGGUCAUCAUCUCUUCGUGUCUUGGUAUAUCAAGGAGUGAAGAAAGAUGGCUUUUUACAGCCUCAUUUUUUAGCAGAACAGGAUAUAGUUAUCAUUACUUACGAUGUCCUUCGUUCAGAACUAAAUUACGUAGAUAUCCCACAUAGCAAUAGUGAGGACGGACGUCGCUUACGGAACCAGAAGCGCUACAUGGCCAUUCCCAGCCCUUUGGUUGCUGUGGAGUGGUGGAGAAUCUGCCUGGAUGAAGCUCAGAUGGUUGAAUGUCCUGCAGUGAAAGCUGCAGAAAUGGCUCAGCGCUUGAGUGGAAUCAAUCGCUGGUGUAUCAGCGGCACUCCAGUGCAGAGAGGACUGGAGGAUCUUUUCGGUUUAGUGGUCUUUCUUGGUAUCGAACCUUACUGUGUGAAACAUUGGUGGGUUCGACUUCUCUAUCGCCCUUACUGCAAGAGGAAUCCUCAGCACCUCUAUAGUUUUAUUGCCAAGAUACUGUGGAGGUCUGCAAAGAAGGAUGUAAUUGAUCAAAUUCAGAUACCCCCUCAGACAGAAGAAAUUCACUGGCUGCACUUUUCUCCAGUGGAGAGACAUUUUUAUCACCGUCAGCAUGAGGUGUGCUGCCAGGACGCAGUAGUCAAACUCAGGAAAAUUUCGGAUUGGGCCCUGAAACUCAGCAGCCUGGACAGAAGGACUGUCACCUCCAUCUUGUAUCCGUUGCUGAGGCUCAGGCAGGCCUGCUGCCACCCACAGGCUGUUCGUGGCGAGUUCUUGCCACUCCAGAAAAGCACCAUGACCAUGGAAGAGCUGCUGACAUCGUUACAAAAGAAAUGUGGAACUGAAUGUGAAGAAGCACAUCGGCAAUUAGUUUGUGCUCUCAAUGGCUUAGCAGGCAUCCACAUCAUUAAAGGGGAGUAUGCCUUGGCAGCAGAACUAUACAGAGAAGUGUUGCGUUCAUCUGAGGAACACAAAGAAAAACUCAAAACUGAUUCACUUCAAAGACUUCAUGCUACCCAUAACUUGAUGGAAUUAUUGGUAGCUAAGCAUCCAGGAAUACCUCCUACCUUGAGAGAUAGCAGACUUGAGGAAGAGGCCAAGCAACUGCGAGAGCAUUAUAUGAGCAAGUGUAAUACGGAAGUUGCUGAAGCACAGCAAGCGCUACAGCCUGUGCAGCAGACCAUCCGUGAACUGCAAAGAAAGAUUCAUUCUAAUUCGCCUUGGUGGCUGAAUGUGAUCCACAGAGCAAUAGAAUUUGCUAUUGAGGAGGAGCUCGUUCAGCGGGUGCGAAAUGAAAUAACCUGCAACUACAAGCAACAAACUGACAAACUUUCUAUGUCAGAAAAGUUCCGGGACUGCAGAGGUCUUCAGUUCUUACUUACAACACAAAUGGAAGAUCUAAAUAAAUUCCAGAAGCUAUUAAGAGCAGCUGUAAAAAACCUGGAGGGACCUCCAUCUCGGAAUGUUAUUGAGUCUGCAACAAUUUGCCACCUCCGGCCAGCCAGACUUCCACUCAACUGCUGUGUCUUUUGUAAGGCUGAUGAAUUAUUCACAGAGUAUGAAUCGAAGUUAUUUUCUCAAACAGUCAAAGGCCAGACUGCAAUAUUUGAGGAGAUGAUAGAAGAUGAAGAAGGGCUAGUUGAUGAUCGAAUUCCUACCACAAGCCGGGGUCUGUGGGCUAUAAGUGAGACUGAGCGAUCAAUGAAAGCUAUCCUAUCAUUUGCAAAAUCCCAUAGAUUUGAUGCUGAAUUCAUUGAUGAAGGAAGUGCUUCCAUGGAUCUCUUUGAAGCAUGGAAGAAGGAAUAUAAGUUGCUUCAUGAAUAUUGGAUGGCUCUGAGGAACCGUGUAUCUGCUGUUGAUGAACUUGCAAUGGCUACAGAACGACUAAGAGUACGUCAUCCUAAGGAGCCAAAGCCCAAUCCACCCGUUCUUCAUAUCAUUGAACCACAUGAGGUAGAACAAAAUCGCAUAAAACUGCUAAAUGACAAAGCCGUUGCUACAUCACAGCUUCAGAAAAAACUUGGGCAGCUUCUUUACCUAACUAAUUUGGAAAAGUCUCAAGAUAAAACGUCAGGAGGUAUUAACCCAGAACCUUGUCCAAUCUGUGCUCGGCAACUGGGAAAACAGUGGGCAGUACUGACAUGUGGUCACUGUUUCUGUAAUGAAUGCAUUUCAAUUAUUAUCGAACAAUACAGCGUGGGGUCUCACAGAAGCUCCAUCAAGUGUGCCAUCUGCCGCCAGACCACAUCUCACAAAGAAAUAUCAUAUGUCUUCACCUCAGAGAAAGCCAGCCAAGAAGAGGACAUCCCUGUGAAGGGACCGCAAAGGGUCACAGGUGGCAUAGAUGGUUAAGAAGGGCUGCUGACCCUUAGAAGAAAGCAGACAUCCCAGUAUGAGGAGCAAGUCAGGAAGAACUGCUGUGUCAGGCUUCGUGCAGUGAGGUUUAGGAAGUGAUUGCUUUAGCUACCAGUAAGCAGCACAGCCUCUAUGAAACUGAGUCACUGAGUCCAUCAAACCCAAACACCUGUUCAUUUUAUGGCAGCUUUCCUAGAUCCCCAGGACAGUUACAUUUGAUGUCCUCUGGGGACAGAGAAAUCAUUGUACAAAAACUGUUGAUUAUACUCUGACUUCUUCCUGUCUUUUAUGGAUAUUGAUGAGCACAAGAAUAAAUUGAAGCAUCUUAAAAAAAUUAUGAUUACAGUAUUUGUUGAAGUUCUCUUGUCAGUGAUGCAUAUAUAGUUGCAUAUCCUUUUUAUUAAACUGUGUCUGAAUAUUGCACCUAUUAUGCAAGCAGGUUUUUUCCCUCUUCCACAUUCUCACAUUGCUUCUUGCCACAUUUGCUUUUGCUUCUCGCUCCCUUUUCUGUCACCAUUUUAUGUCUGCCACUUCUGCCUUCUGCUGCCUGUCCCCUUUUCUGACUUCUGUCACAUUUCUACCCGACUGUCUGCCACCUUCCUGAAACAUCUGCUUGUUGUUUUCUCAGACUCACUGUACUCCUUUGACUCUCUGAAACAGUCCUCCUGAAUGGGCAUCAUCCAUCUUGGAGUUGAGGGCAUGGUCAUGUAUAAGAUAAAGAUGUCUCCAUGUCAACAUUUAAGGCAUUAUUUUGUAAUUUUAGAAAUAUUACACAGGCAUUUCCUAAAUCAAGGAAUUUUUUUCCUUUUAUUGUUGAUUGUCAAAUUUCUGCAUUUUACUAAACAAUCCUGAGAAGUAAUUUUUAUUUUAUUAAAGGGCUUAUAGUAUCUGAAAGGUUUAUUUCACUCUUAAGCUUUCAUGCCCAGACUCUUAAACAUAGCAAACAGUAUAAUAUAUAUUAGACAUCCUACUUAAUCAUCUAACUGACCUUAUAUUCUUGGAGACUAUAAAAAUAGUACCACGUAGUACAAGGUAUUGUUUUUCUAAUGGCAUCAUUUGGAGAUAGGAGAUUUUACAGUAUAAGGAAUCCUAUUGAUGGACCACAGAAAUAAAAUAAAUAUUGAAAUCACCAGUGUUUCUUUUAGUGGAUGUAGUUAAGAUAAAGACUGUAUCUACCCUACCAGCACUGUGGACAGUAUUCCUAAAUGACCCUUGGAACCUACUGAUCAUUUCACAAAGUACACAAAAUUCCCCUUGCAAGUUCUGACAACUGCCAGGCCUUUUGGAUGGUGAAGUAGGCCUCCUGGCAGAACAUAUGCCCCACGUGGCCUGUUCCCUGUGUCUUAAGUUUGGCUAGGUUUCAUCCACAGCAUUUUUACCAGUGGAAACCCUGACCCUAUAAUGGACAAAGUUCUUAUGUCAUAAGAAGAUCUAACCAGGAGAAAAUAUAGAUGAAAUAGCUACAGUAAAACUGCACCCUCCGCUCCCAUCCAACACACAUGCAUAACGGCUUCAUCUUCUCAAACUUUUCAGUGUCUAAUACUUGGACUACUUUUUAAAAUAAAGACUUUUUCAAACCCCCAUUCCUGUGAAUUUCAAUUCAUUAUAUCUGGGAUCUGGUCCAGGAAUCUGCAUUUUUAACAAACAAAUCUGUUGUUAAUAGGAAUAUACAGACUUUUUGUAGAGGGAAAACAAACUAUUUCUACAUUCAAACUCCUAAAGAAGCCCGGCAAUACCAGGCUGUGUCUAAAUCUAUUGUGUGUGGAAUCAGUUAUUUCUCUUUCAAUUUUUUUCAAAAUUUUGUUGAAUUAGUUCAGAGGUGCCUUGUGAAGUCUGUCUUAUACUUUCUAAAUAUAAUUAAAAUAAACAUCUGAGUGGAAAAACUGAUUGCAAAAUUCUGAGUGAGAUUAAAAUAAGUAUAAAAUAAUGUGAUAAACCCGCAAGUGAUUAAAUUUACUUCUCUAAAUAUUUUUAUGUAAAAUUCCUACAUAAACAUUUAACAGGUAAAAUUAGAAUGCAAUUACAUCUUUUUAUUAGAGCAUAUCAUGAGUAAAUGUAUUUACAAUUGAUAAAAAACAAUUCUGUUCCCUAGCCCCGACAGCACUUGUAGUUGUGAGUUGCUCGUCUCCUAUUAAAGUGAGCAAUAGCUUGCAAUAAAUUGAAUAUGCAACAGAAUUCUAAGACGUAAACUAUAAUUUAUCUUUAUGAAAUUACCUUUAUGAAAAAGCUCUACCUUGUGGAAUGUAAAUAUCAUUAGAAUGUAAGAAGGACAUUGCUCAUGAGGUGGGGACUUUAUUCACUUUUGUAUCGGAGCAUCUAAAACAAUGCCUGACAUGUAAGAGGUACUCAUAGGUGAGUGGAUGGAUGGCUGAUGGAUGUAUGGUAGGGUGGAUGGAUGGAGGGAUAGAUCGAUUGAUGGACAAACAGAUAAACAGUUGUAAAAGCCUUUGGGUCCAAACAAAUUUUUGUUGCAUACUUUUUUUUUUUUUUUUUGCAAUUACUAACUUAUCUAUUUGAAAUCAUUAUACAGAGUUUUACAAGAGUAGGAUACUAUUUUUGUGGCCUAAUGUACUUUUAUUUCCCACUUGCCUAGGUAGAGUUUCCAUUGAACUUAUUCAAGUGACAUGUGAGUGCUUGAAGAACCCAGCAUCUGCCCUGGGCAUACACUUUAAAAAUAUUCCUACUUCAUGAGACCAAUGAUAAAAGCUGAAUAACUGCACUAAAUUAUAUCUGUCACUACCAACAUGGGUUUUUAGAAUGGUGAACAGGUGCAGACAGAAAUAAAAAAAUGUUAACUGAUAUUACUCAGCCGAAACUACUAUGGGCAGCACAGACACAUUCAGAGGGCUAGCUUUAUUUCAACAGGGAAAGUCCAGAAUAAAGUAAUGCAAGUCAGAAAAUACCAAGACAGGAAAUAACUUUUUCUAUACGGAAAGGAAGCAUUCCAGUUAUUUGCAAGUUACAAACUCAAAGUAACCUAGAGAAUAGUCAUACUUCAUUAACACCUCGCACAGGCAUAGUUUGCUAUCCACAUUUCUUCAUUCUUCUCUCUUUUGCUUUUUUCUGUCAUCCUUUCCAAACUUAUCUACCCUUUCCACUUUGUUUUUCUGUUUUAACAAAUUAAUAUUUCUUUUCUAUAAUAGUGAUCACAUUGACUAGUCUUCAGAAGCUGGUAGAAUUGAGCCCAAGUUUGUUUAUAUAUAUUUUUAUAGAAACAAUCAAAAGAUCAUACACAUAUACAGUGCUUAUUAAGAUGAUACAAAAAACCAUUCAUCUGAAUUGCUUCUAGUCCAAACUAGCUGUUUAAAUCAUCCUUUUUUUGUUUUAUAUUUUGCAGCUUGCAGUGACAUGUAUGUAUUUGGGAGAAAGAGAAUGUUAUCUUUUCAUCUUUGUAUAUCCACUGCCUGAUGUAGUUCUUGUUACUUAGGUGAACAUUAAGUUUUUAUUGAGUGAAUAAGUGAGUGAUUUCAGUAACUCAACAUGAACUUACUUGAAAUGUUAAUGGAACUUGAGUGAAAUGCAGAAGAAUGUCUACCCUAUAUCUUUGUUCACUUUUACCGGCUCUGCUUUUUAGACCAACCAUGGUCUUUUUAUUAUUUUGGGACUCUUGCUUUUCAUUUGCAAGUACAAAAGCACAAGUUGAAAAGAGAAAAAAAAAUAUGAAUAGGGGCCUAAUGUGGUAGGAAUCUGUUUUUCCAAAGACUAAAGCUUUAUUUACUCUAUAAAUUAAGCUCACAGAGUUUACUGACUUUGUUAAUCAUGCCUAUAACUACUGAUGGAUAAACGAAGACAUAAGUGCUCAGCAACCUAGUGAGAUGGCACAGCCCUCCAAUUGCUGACUUCUUCUGAGAUGGGUUCCAGGGAUUUCAUCGCAAUACCUAACACAGAGCCACCUCCAGCCUGCUUUCUGUUAGACAGAUCCCCAUGUCUUUCAUGAUCUCUUGUUGAAUGUCUGGCUUUUGUAAGAGAAAGCUAGAGAUUAAUUCAAGAUUUGAUUUGAUCAUAGUGAAUGAAAAAACACAUCAAACUUUUAAAUUAUUAUCAAACAUCUUUUAUUUUGUUUAUUCAUUAGUUUUACGCAGUAUGUUUAGGAUCAAGAAACCUAAAUGUAAAUGUGAAUUUUGUUCAUUAAAUAAACGGAUUGGAGUGUAUUCAGUUUACCAAGGACUAUGCUCAGGACAGGAUUUCACAUUCCUUUCAAAGAGCAUGAUCGUUUCAUGAUCUCUGCAGCUCUUCAGAAAUAACCAGACACUUCUGAGAAUGACACUAUAUACCAACAACUGUUUUCAGAGCACUGCCUGCGAGGAAAAUAUGUACUGUUUUUGCUGGGAGGAAAUUAUGGACUGUACCAUAAUAUUUAACAUAAAGUAAUCCCAUAGCCAACACAAAGUUAUUACAAAGUAGGUACUAAGAAGGUGUUUUAAAUACUGUCAUCACUAAUAAUUAUGUAAAAAAAUAAUUAUGUAAUGUUAAAUAACAAGUUACCUCAAGAUUUAAUCAUUUUCAUAUAAUAAAAAUUACUUCUCACAA